UCCUCCCCCACAACAAUAAUCUCACCACCAUUCCAACCCCAAUCUCCGAUACGAAAAAAAAAAAAAAAAACCCCACCUCCAUCUCCGACCUCAACACGGAUCUAUAUACUCGAGUCAUCUAUUGUAUCGGUUUACGAGUUGGUGUAAGUAGCCAGUUUCCGCAGAGGUUGUUGUGUGUACCUUUCCGUUUAAUGUGACCGAGUUUGAUAGGGCGAAUAUAGCUAGGUCGGAAUCUUGGUAGGUUUGGAAAUGGAUCGGGCGGCGGUGACGGUGGGGCCGGCGAUGGACAUGCCGAUCAUGCACGACAGCGACAGGUACGAUUUCGUGAGGGACAUCGGGUCCGGGAACUUCGGGGUGGCGAGGCUGAUGACGGACAAGCAGACCAAGGAGCUGGUUGCCGUCAAGUAUAUCGAGCGCGGCAACAAGAUUGAUGAAAAUGUUCAAAGAGAGAUUAUUAAUCAUAGGUCGUUGAGGCACCCCAACAUUGUUAGGUUCAAAGAGGUUAUUCUGACUCCUACUCAUCUGGCCAUUGUAAUGGAAUAUGCUUCUGGAGGAGAGCUUUUCGAGCGGAUAUGCAAUUCAGGGCGCUUCAGUGAGGAUGAGGCUCGCUUCUUUUUCCAACAACUUAUAUCUGGGGUCAGUUACUGUCAUGCAAUGCAAGUAUGUCACCGGGACUUGAAGUUGGAAAACACUUUGUUGGAUGGAAGUCCUGCUCCUCGCUUGAAAAUAUGUGAUUUUGGGUACUCAAAAUCUUCAGUGCUUCAUUCACAACCAAAAUCUACAGUUGGAACUCCUGCAUACAUUGCUCCAGAAGUACUAUUGAGGCAAGAGUAUGAUGGAAAGACUGCAGAUGUAUGGUCAUGUGGGGUAACGUUAUAUGUGAUGUUGAUGGGAUCAUAUCCUUUUGAGGAUCCUGAUGAACCAAAAGAUUUCCGGAAGACUAUACAAAGAAUUCUUAAUGUCCAGUAUGCAAUUCCAGAUUCUGUUCCAUUAUCUUGUGAAUGUCUGGAACUGAUAUCAAGAAUUUUCGUCUCAGACCCUACUGCGAGAAUUACAAUUCCUGAAAUAAAGAACCACCCAUGGUUCUUGAAGAAUCUCCCCGCAGAUUUGAUGGAUGAGAUGACAAUGGGCAACCACUUCGAAGAGCCUGAUCAACCGAUGCAGAGCAUUGAUACAAUCAUGCAAAUAAUUGCUGAGGCCACCAUACCAGCAGUUGGAAUCCACAAUCUUAGCCCAUUCAUGAAUGACAGUUUUGACAUGGACGAUGAUAUGGAUGACUUAGAUUCAGAAUCUGAACUAGAUGUUGAUAGCAGUGGGGAAAUAGUGUAUGCUAUUUAAUAAAGGUAUGUGGAUGUAGUCAGAAAGAAAUUCCACAGUUAAGUUUCUUUGUCAAAAACUAGAGAGAAUGUGCAAUGAGUGUAUGGUAGAUUAGCAUAGAUAUUUCAAUAGAAAAAGUACUAUGCUAUUAUCAUAUGCUAGCUCAUUUGGAGUAUCUCACUGUCAUAUAACAUGUAGUUUUAUACCUUUGAUCAUGUGUGGUACUGGAAUUUGAUUUUAAUGCUAUCAGAGGUGAUGUUCUACACACAUGGUGAUCAAUGCAUACCCUUCCUGGCAUUCAUGUUGAACUUC